UGGGUCUUUGGAAACCGGGAUUCCCAUCCUAACCUGGCCCAGGACAACUCUCUAAACAAGAUUGUACCAAUGAAUUGUAGGCGCAAUCACACUAAGUUCACAGGGGAGCAAGUGAAAAUUCUCAUUGAUGCAUUCAACCACAAACCUUACCCAAAUUAUGCUGCCAUUUGAAAACUUGCUUUAGAAAUCAACAUUGAAGAAUCUAGAAUCCAGAUUUGGUUUCAGAAUCGAAGAGCUAGACACCCAGUUCUGAAGGGACCUACCAGAGAAGGCUUAGAAUCAAGCCAAGACCAUGAGCAAGAUGACCCUGAAGAAAGGAGUCAAGCCAGGCGCUGUCACACCUGUUAUAACUAUUCUCAGUUACACAACCUCGUGGAGGCAUUUGAGAACAACCCUUACCCUGGGAUUGAUUCCAGAGAACAACUUGCUAAAGAGAUUGGGGUUCCAGAGUCAAGAGUCCAAGUUUGGUUUCAGAAUCGAAGAUCUAGAUUACUUGCUCAGAUUCAAGAACUAAUAAUUACCCUGGGUAAUUUUCACUUUAGAGUAAUUUAA